GCAAAAAGUAAGAAAGAUAUUUACCAGUAGAAGAUGCGCGAGCUAGCCCAAAAGCUGAUUUCCGAAAUAUAGUGGGCCGACGGACCAGGUUGCUGCUCUGCGGUGGCCAACCCCAACACGACAAACAUCUGAAUCUGAAAGUGGUAAUUUAAGUUGAAAGCUUGUACGGCACACAAACCGUUACCAUUUUCCUCCUCUACAAUCACAAAGUCAAUUCAAUACCCAAUUUUAAUUUACCUCAAGCAAGCAGAUCGAAAGAAUAAUUCCUAACUCCUCCAGAAUCUCCACUGCCAUUUCCCUAAUUUCUCUUUAUAUACACAUUACCCUUUCUCACACACCUCAAAUCAAAACAAACAUAACUGACAGUUUUAUACGAAGAAAGUUACAACAUGGCAGACACAUAUUCGAAUUCAUAUUCUUUCGGUGAUUUCCCUGAGGAUGUGCAGUUGUGCGUCCUCUCUUUCUUAACGCCAACUGAGAUUGCUAAUUUCGCUUGUACAUCACGAAAAUUCUCUCCGCUUUGCCAAACCGACAGCAAACUCUGGUACUCAAUUUGCGAUAGGCGGUGGGGUUCGAAGACGCAAAUCAAGAAAUGGGGAAAUGGUCAAAUCUCCUACAAACUCCUCUACAAAACGCUUAAUAAAUGGGACAAUUUAAUUGGGUUUUGGCGCCGCUGCGGUCAGACUCAACAGAAACAAACCACCACCACUGGUCCGGGAUUAGUUUUCUUUGAGUGGGGUCCUUCUUUUCUCUCUGGGUAUAAAGUUUCUCCGUGUCAAAACGGUACUUAUGGCGUAACUAAAAGACCGUUUCUUUCUAUGAGCAUAUCACCAGAUGGUCAAAUUGUGAAUUAUCUUGAUCCAUCGGAGUUCUUGGAAAUGGAGGUGGAUUUGGUUGCUGUUAAUAUUAAUUUUAUUGGGGAUAUGCAUUUUAGUUUGGAAGAGAAUAUGGGUUUUGUUUAUUCAAGUUCUACAGGAGAGUGCUGUAGUGAGGAUAUUGAAAAUGGGUCUCCUGGGAGCUUACCUGAAACUUCGGAUAUUUAUGAGUAUUAUGCGAAUAGAAUGAGUCCUGGCGCUGAUAAGGCGUGGAGGAAACAGAGGAGGAGAGAGAAGGUAAAGAAGCAAGGGAAGAGGAAGUGGGAGACUGAGCAUUUCUUGAAGAUUGUUGAUUCCUCUCCUACUCCAGCUCGCCCUUUGCAAGGCUUAUGGAAGGGAAUUUGUGAUGGCAUGAAGUUGGAAUUUUAUCUUGUUGCAUAUGAUGGAGUGGGCAUCUCCUGCCGAAGGGUUGGGGACUUAUCAGGACGGCUUUCUAGUUCUACACCAGUUUUUUGGACAUCAAAUCCUGCAUGUAUUGAGUCUCCAUUUUCACCUGAAGAAGACUAUUUAUAUAAUAGUCGGAUUCAUCUUCAGCCGCCUGUAAUGUCAAAGGACAUACAUUGGCAAUGCCCUCUGAUAGAUAAUGAGGUAGUAUCCCGCAUUAUGUAUAUCAACUCAAGUUAUGAUUUAGUCAUCCCAGGCUUGGCAGAAACUUCUGCAAAUCCUUGGCGUGUUGAGGGAAGAAUUUGGCACUACAAGAAUGGGACAUUUGGAUUUGGGUUUCUGCGGGACAAUUUUAUUAUUGACCUGAAGCAUAUUGCCGAGAAUGGUUGUCUGCUUGAUACAAUGUAGGAGCUUUCUAGUGAUUGAUUAUCGGUUAAUAUUCUUGCAUGGGAUCUUUUGUAUGCAAACGGAGUCGUAGCUCGGAAGCCAUAAUGCUCAAUGGCAUUCUGUACUCUGUAUGUUGUGGAAAUAAUAAUGUUUUACUUUCAA